AUGGCCAUGGUCAUCGGAAUCCUCUCGUACACUUCCUCAGUGCGCCGUAGUCCGAAGUCACCUCGCCUAACAGCGGUAGUACCUACCCUAUGGAUACUGGAUAUGGUAACUACGCCAUGGGAUGCGAUGUAUCCUACCACGCCGUCCUUCCGGUCCGGUCUCGUCUCGGGGACGUGCACAAGCCGUUUCAAUUCUUCCGUUCCUUUCUUGGCCGUCACUCAGCUGACCCUUCCUUCAGUGUCCAUCCUCAGUCUACCCGAACCUAUGACAUCGGGCCCGGGUCUCUGCUAUGACGACUCCGCGAAAUAG